AAUUUAUUAACCAAGACGAGACGCACACAUGUCAUCAUCAUCAUCGGUUCAUCGGUAAACCAACUGAUAUAUAUGCGAUUGUUGGCAUUUUCGCUUUUAUCAUUCAGUGUUAAGAAGUCGUUCGAAGUGUUUGCGCCCACCAAACCGUGUGAUGCUGCAUUGAAAUUAACGACUGUUAUCAAAGGCAACAAAGUGAUAGAAUAACAACAUUUUACGAUUUAGCAAUAAACCGUUUUAAGUAUUCAUUGAUUGUGUGUGAAUUUCAUUACGACAGUGUCAAGUGGCAUUUUCAUUGAGGGUGUUUGUGUUCUUUUUGAGCUUGGAAAUUUUCCAUUGAACAUUUUUUAGUUUGAUUUCUUAAUUUCUAUCAUUUUCAUAGUGGAUUCAAUCAAAUUUAAGCUCUCGAUGUUUCAUGUUCAUUCGAACACAACUUAGUGACAUGAUUUACUGCUCGGAACUCAAUUAAAUCAUCACAAUACUUGAAAUGAAUAUCAUUUUUGGCAUAAAUUCGACGGAAAUGUAUCUACCCGGAAAAAUCGAAUGAGAAAAAACCAUUCGCCCCACUAGGGAAUACAGAGAGAUUGACGAGACUCGUAGUGCACACACACGUUAUGUGUGCAGAUAGAAAAAUCGAUUUUAUCUACACAUGAGAACGAGACAAACGCGCACACAAAAAAAAAAACACAACAAACAAACAAACAAACAAAUGAGAAAAAAAAUGGUUCAAACGCGUACAACAAUGCAAUCGAUGCGGAUUUCAUUCAUUGAUUCGUAAAUAGGUUAUUCGAAUUGUGAGUACAUAUUUUCACGUGUACAACAUUGAAAGAGAGAGCGAGCGAGAGAUACAGUGUGUAAGACAACAAACGCAGUGUGUGUAUUACACACAGCGACUAGGAAACGGAAUAAAAGACGAACAAAAGGCGGAAAAUUUCGUUUUCAUUGAAAAUGUUGUCGGUUGACCAAUAUCACAUUGAUAGUGAGUUCAACGGUGGUUUUAGUGCAGUUGGCGACUCUGAAUUGGUGAACCUUCGGCCAUGUAGUGGUCAAACACUUUUGAAUGCACAUCAAUUACAACAAAAACAACAGCAACCGCAAUCCAAAUCGCCAACGGCAACAGUGCCGACCAAACAAAGUUCCCAAAGUUCCACACUCGUGCAAUCCAAUUCGAAUAGCAAGAAAUCGGUCAUGCUGAAUUUUAAGUCGGGCGUCACAAUUAAUAGCACCGUUGAGGAAUUUGGCAAUUUUUCGACACGAUUUAGUGACACAUUUACGCAAAAUCGACGUCAUUACCGUUUUUGGUUGAUGACCGUUGGUGUUGUAAUCAGUUGUUUAUGUUGUUUCGUGUUUGGUCUAAGUUUCAAUUAUUUAUUCGACACGCAACCAUGUGGCGCACAAAAGCAUCUUCGAAAUUUGUGUGUAACGGAAAAUUGUAUUCGAACAGCUUCAUCAUUACUUUCGGCUAUGAAUCGGAGCGUCGACCCAUGUGAUAAUUUUUUUCAAUAUGCUUGCGGAGCAUGGAAUAAGAAAAACAUUAUACCAGAAGAUAAAAGUUCCUUUAGCACAUUCGAAGUGUUAGCCGAUCAACAGCAAGUAAUAUUGCGUCAACUUCUCGAAGAGCCUUCAAAUCAUGAUGAUAACAAAGCCACAAUAAAAGCAAAACACUUUUAUAAAAGUUGUGUGAAUAUAACUCAAAUUCGUAGUGUUGGCGAUUUACCAUUGAAAGAACUGUUGAAGUAUUAUGGUGGAUGGCCGGUGUUAGAAAAAAAUUGGAAAAAACCCAAUCAAAGUUUGGAAGCGAUGUUGGGCAAAAUGCACGGUGAAUUGAAUGAACAUUUUUUGGUUUCGGUGCUAGUUGCACCCGACGAUAAAAAUUCAUCCGUCAAUAUUUUAGUGAUUGAUCAAUUGAUUUUGGCGCUUCCGUCAAGAGAGUAUUAUUUGAAAGAUAGUAGCAAAUCUGAUUUAAUGGCAUAUCACAAUUAUAUGACAAAAAUUGCCGUUAUUCUGGGCGCUGAUCCGGCUUCAAUUGCUGAUGAUAUGCAGGAAGUUUUAGAUUUCGAGAUUCAAUUAGCGAAUGCAUCCUUAUCGGAGAUCGAACGUCACGACACAAAUUGUGUGUAUCACAAGCUGACACUGGCCUCGUUAAAAACGCUUGUGCCGCAAAUUAAAUGGGACAUAUAUUUUGAGAAUUCCUUUACACCGGAAACUAAUAUCACCGACUCUGAACCAAUUGUAGUGUAUGCCAUUCCGUAUCUUGUCGAAUUGGGCAAACUAAUGGCAGAGACAGACGAACGUAUCAUUCGAAACUAUGUACUCUGGCGAAUGGUUCUUUCACUUGUUUCACAUUUUGUUGAUGAGUAUCAAAAGGAGCGCGUUGAAUUUCAGCGAAUUUUGUUGGGCAUUAAAUCGGAACGGCAUCGUUGGUCACAGUGCGUUGAUUGGACGAAUAAAAAACUUGGCAUGGCCGUUGGGGCUCUAUUCAUUCGUGACAAUUUCAAUUCGGAAAGUAAAGAAUCAGCGCUGCAGAUGAUUCGUUCGAUUCGGGAAGCAUUUAACGAACUAUUGGACGAAAAUGAUUGGAUGGAUGAUGAAACGAGAGCUGUGGCCAAAGAAAAGGCAAAUUCGAUGAACGAACGCAUCGGAUACCCGGACAUUUUAACAAAUGUGACUGAACUGGAGAAAGAGUAUUCAAACCUGACGAUAUCGGAUGAUACAUUUUUCGAGAAUAUUUUGAACAUCUUGAAAUUUGACUCGCAACGACAGUGCCAAAUGUUACGAAAACCAGUGGAAAAGCAAAAAUGGGCCACCGAACCAGCCGUUGUCAAUGCAUUCUACAAUCCAAAUCGAAAUGACAUUGUCUUUCCUGCUGGCAUCCUGCAACCUCUUUUUUAUAGCAAAAAUUUUCCCAAAUCACUCAACUAUGGAGGAAUUGGCGUCGUGAUCGGACACGAAAUAACACAUGGAUUCGACGAUAAAGGUCGCCAAUUCGAUAAAGAUGGUAACAUGAAGCAGUGGUGGAAUAACGCAACGAUAACAGCAUUUCGAGAUCGUGCACAAUGCAUCAUUGACCAAUAUUCACGGUACAAAGUGAACGAGCUGGGUUUAUACAUGAAUGGAAAACUGACUCAAAGUGAAAAUAUCGCUGAUAAUGGUGGACUGAAGCAAGCAUUUCGGGCGUACAAAAAAUGGACUGCUCAGCAUGGAAUUGAUGAAAAUUUGCCGGGUUUGGAAUUGAAUCAUGAUCAAUUAUUUUUCUUGAAUUAUGCACAAAUUUGGUGCGGUUCAAUGCGACCAGAAGACGCUCUAUCGAAACUACGUUCAUCUGUACAUUCGCCGGGCGUGAUUCGAGUGCUGGGUCCAUUGUCAAAUUCAAAAGAAUUCUCCGAUGCAUACGGAUGUCCAUCUGGUUCGCCCAUGAACCCGACGAACAAAUGUAGUGUAUGGUAAUCUUUCAUCAUCCACGUGAUCCAGACGGUUAUCAUCAAAUCUUAAUGAAUAAAAAGAAUGCUCUUACAGCAGCAACAACAUUGUGAUCGUUAAUCGGUUUAUAAAUAUUUAAUAGACAAACAAGCAAAAGAACAUAUUUUCCUUCAAUUAAAACAACACAAGAAAAAGCUUUUAUCCAACACAUUUCACAACACCCUAAUCGAUGUAUUUAACGGAUUUAUUAGGACACAGCACGUGCACAAUUUUCCUAAUUAUAUAUACAUUUAAAAGUCAAAGCAAAAUACCAAACUUUUAUCUGUACAUCAUCGUUUGUAUUUUAAGUAAAAUAAAAAUGAUUUUUAAAUGUUAAACUUCUACACACGUAAAUACCAAAGAGAAGAAUAAA